AUGGGGAACUGUCAACAAUCUUUCUUCACAAAAACGAUAACGUUUAUCUUCGAUCCUCGAUUUUUCCCAGUCCCUAAGCGUACUCAGAAGGUCCCAGCCAAUACCACAAUAAAAUCCCUUUGCCGAGAACUAAAAUCGCUAAUGUCCCCAUCAUUUCCUAGACAUGCUCACUCAAUAAAUCUCCGAUUUCGAGAAAAAACUUACUAUCACAAAGACAUCACCCUUCUUUCUGAGCUUUUCAUUAAAAAAGGUGAAAAAAUAUUCGUGCAUGUCGUUCCCAAAUCAAAAGAUUUCCGACUGAUAAAUGUAAAGAUCCACUGCUGCAAACACUCAAAUAUAUGCCUUUCAGUGUCGAAUGAGUCUACUAUUUCUCAGCUAGAAGAUUCAAUUUCAGGCUUAAAAGGCUGCUGCUCUAAUCACUCUUGCAAGUUAUUGUGCGACGACCUAGAACUUAGGUCAGAUGAAAGCUGUGAGUUCCCUCCCGGGCAUUCUUUGCAUGCUCUUUACCAAGGACAACAUUUAGGAUGUGCCCCAAGUCCUUGAAAAAUUAAACAGCCAGGGCUGAUACAAGAAGGGAUAUGCAUGAAUCAGAACUGUCUUGCUUAUAAGCAGUCAGUAUGCAUUAAUAAAGGACUCGGGAAGUUCAACCUGGUUAAUGAGAACGAAAUUGGAGAGCACCGUUGUACAAUGUGCGAACAAAAUUUGUAUAAUACCAAAAGAUUUGGAUUUAUUAAUUGUUGGUAUCAAUAUGUAGCAUAUGGCAGAGAUGGAGGAACACAGCAAGAAACUUGUACAGCUGGCUUCACAUAUUGUGAAUUCGACCUCUUCAAAAACUUUGACUGGGAAAGGUUAGAUGUUUUGGUUUCAAAAUUGUAA